AUGUCACUCUUCCAUGCCUUUCUCACACACCAAUCCCUCUCCUUCUCCAAAUACCUUACCUCCCCAACCCCUCUCUUCCUCCACACAAACCUCUCCCUCUCCCUUAAACCCUUAACCCUAAAGCCCACAUUCAUCCGAAUGGGCGGCGUGCCCAGAACCUUCCCCGGCGGUGUAUACAAGUGGCAGUGGAAGCGCAUGCAGGCCAAGAAAGCCAAGCAGCUCCUCAAGGCCCGCCUCUGCCAUGAGCACCAAAGCUACGAGAUACAAGGCAAGCCGAGCUUAAAGCCGCCGUGUCGGAGCUCGAGGGAGACCGUCGAGAAGCCUCCCAAUUUGUUCUCCAUCAGCGCUGAUGAGCAGGUUAAGGUCUUGGCCGAUCAGUUCCAGAGGCCGGGAGGGUUUGACUUGUGGACCGAGAGGAAUGGGCCAGAGCUAUUUCGGACCAUGAAGGACCUACCGUCGGCGAGGUUUUAUCCCAAGGGGGUUGUGCAUAGUGAGGCCAUAUAA